UGGAUCUUAAAGAGUAGACAGUAGGUUAGUGUGUCCGGGUAGGUCUAAGUGGUGAGGAGUGGGACCCUUGUCGUGCACCUAGCACCACGAUGGACGACUAUCCGAUGUAUGGGUUGCUGGUUGGGUUCUCUCUCUGGGGGACCCUCUGGCGUCUCCUCUUUCCUCUGGGGUUCUGGCACACCUUCACGUAUAGAGUAGAUACCCGGGGUGGUGCCUCCACCAGGCCAUACACGAAGGAGGAGGAGGAGGAGAUGGCCGCCAUCUUGCAGGAGAGGAAGGAGAAGAAGGAGGCCAAGAAGAAGGCCUUGAAGGAGGAGCAGGCGGCCAAAUUGAAAAAGAUAGAAGAAGAGAUGGCCAGAGAGAAGGAGAGGAUACAGAAAGAAGAGGAAGCGAAGUUGAAAGAGGUGGAAGAGGAGGAAGAAGAUGAAACGCGGCUGCAGAGGAAGAAGGGGCAGUACAUUGGCAGUAGGGAUGAGGAGAUGGAGAAGCGGAUUUUAGAGUGGGCAAUGGAAGAUGAGAAGAGAAUGGAAUGGAGGUUGGCAGUGAUGACGGAGAAGAAGAGGACAGUGGACGCGGCAGCGGAGGCGGCAGAAAAAUUAGAGGAGGUAAAAAAGAUAGAAGAACAACUAGCCGCCCAGACUGAACUCCCUACCCAAAUGCGACUCAUAGCUCGAAAUGUUGCACGCCUGGCACGAAUUCAGGCGGAGCAAUAUGACUUUAGUAAGAGUCAGCAUAUAGCUGUGCGUUCAAUAAAGUUGGGGUUCCGCGACUUUGCGCGUGAGCUGGUAGGCGCUAUAGGAACCGAGUUGGGCCACCGCCUCGACAAGACUGAGCGGUUCUGUGCCAGCGCCAUUGAAGGCGAUAAAGCGGCAGCUCCCAAGGAGAAGGAAGCACGUCCUCCUCACAGGGAACCGGUCAAGGUCAAAUUUCCUGAUUCAUACAAUGGGAAAAGGGAAGAAAACUUUGACAACUGGGAGGCCAACGUUAAGACCCAUGUGCACUUGCAACACGUCUCCCCGGAUCAGCAGGUUCUAAUUGCGAUCGACGCGCUGAGAGAUGAAACCGCCAGUUUUGCAAGGUCCCACUGCCAACUGUAGUGACGAUCCCGUUGCGAACUCCUCGUUCACGUCCCUCACCGAAUUCUUGAAGUUGUUGCGCGAGAGAUUCGUUGAUGUCGCCCGCAGC